AUGAACUCGCGCUUGGGAAAUUAUAAGCCAAUACUUACAUCUGGUGAAGUAACUCCUUAUCUGAAUUUUAGGAAGAAUCGCCCUAAACCUGUUGAUCAUAAUAUCAAAACUAAAACACUGAACUCAGUAUUGUUUCAUUUCAUAAGGGAGAAAAUAAACGAAAGUCCUUUACUAUCUAAAAACAAACCCCGCAGCCCAUUGUCUAGUAUUAUUUUACCUUCGGAAAGGCAAACUGAAAGGAGGAAGACUCACAAAAUUGAGCUUGAACCUCUUGCAACUGAAACUUUUGAUUUUGAAAAUGAUAAAAUAAGUGGAAAAUUAAGAAUUCCUAUUCCUCAACUAAAAAUGCUUAAUGAUCCAAAAAUGAAUGAAGGUGUAAGAGUCCAAAAAGCUAGAACUAUGAGUUUAUCAAGACUAAGCACUCUAUCGCAGCCUAAUUGAGCUAAGACAUCUUCGAAUUCUCCAAUUAAAGAGAGGAACGAAUGCACUAAAGUUGGGCGGCAAAGAUAUAGCUCAGCUUCUUUAUUAAAUCCUAUUGGGAAAAUACUAAGGUCUAAAGGAAUAAACAUUGAAGAAAAUUUAAGGGAGAAAGAACUCUCUGGAAUUGAGGUUUCAAGCUUUAAUAAAAAGAAAUCAAAAUGACAUGAAAAUAAAAGGAGCUUUGAUGGAAUUGUACCAGUAUAUCUGACAGCAAGAAAUUAA